AACUCCUUCCAAAUGCAAAUAGGCUUGCUGUAAAUGCACUUAAUAUGUUUGCAUUUAAACUGAUUUUGCUAGUUUCAAUUUGGCAACUCCGUCCAAAAUUGACAUCUAUUUACUAUUGUGAAUGGUAAUUUCGAUUGACAGCACGAAAGUUUGAUGAAAACAAAUGAAAAAGCGGCAAACAAAUAAAAUCAGCGAUGUCCGACAACAAAAAGCGCAGCACUUGGAGCACCAGCGAUGAAAAAGUGCUCCUGGAACUAUGGGCCGAGUAUUCUGGUGACCUGCGGCGCGCUAAGCGAAACGUCCACAUCUAUACGGAGAUGUCCAUUCAAAUGGCCUCCAAAUAUACUCCAAAGGAAUUGCACGGGAAAAUAAGGAAUAUGACCCAAAAAUAUAGAGAAGAGAAGAAAAAAAUUGGUCCGUCUGGUGGAAGUCCCUCGCUUUGGAAGCACUACGAUGAUGUCCAUAAAAUUAUAGGAUGCACACCAGCGAACGAUGCAGAAAUUUUGGAGUCUUUUUCUAUGAAUAUAUCGUCAACAGCAGUGCCACCAUUGCCAUCGUCUAUUCCGCCCUCUUCGCCGGUUCCUGCACCGUCGACACCAUGCCUCAGCCGCCAGCCGUCACCUCCAAUGUCGUCGCCAAUGUCAGCGCCACUCUCAUCAGACGAUAUGCAAGAAAACGAAAUUAUAUGGGUGAGGUGGUUAAACUUGCAAAAGAGCAAACUGCGUUGCUAAAAACAGUGGCAGAAGACGGCAAGGUAUU